UGUGCCGGACUAUAGGGAUUGCAACAUCGACCGUCCUGUUGCUACCUCUCAGAUGUGAUCUCACCAAUGUCUCACUGCCUGGUUCAGAGGAGCAGCACUGAUCAGAGAGACUCUACAUGUUCAGAAGGACAAAUACGCCUUAAGAUUUUCCAGAAAAACAAGCACUGUAGGACUGAUGGGGGAUCUGAGGCAGAAGAUGGCGGUCAUGUCACACACAAUAUGCCCAAGUUCACGGGCUCCGUCUGAUGAAGACUUAAAGGCCCCAAAUGGAGGGAAAGAAGAGAAAAUGCAGAUGAAGAGAGAAAUCUCUCUCAUCAACGGAAUCUGCCUCAUUGUGGGCAACAUGAUUGGCUCUGGGAUCUUUGUCUCCCCAAAGGGUGUCCUCAUGCACAGCACCUCUUAUGGGCUGUCGUUGCUCAUUUGGGCCCUCGGAGGCAUCUUCUCAGUGUUUGGGGCUUUGUGUUACGCCGAGCUUGGAACCACCAUCACAAAGUCUGGAGCCAGCUACGCCUACAUCCUGGAGUCGUUUGGCGGCUUCUUGGCUUUCAUCCGCCUGUGGACGUCCAUCCUGCUGAUCGAGCCGGCCAGCCAGGCUGUGAUUUCACUGACCUUCGCCAACUACCUGGUGGAGGCCUUCUACCCGACCUGCCAGCCACCCUACAAUGCUAUCCGCCUCAUUGCUGCAGCCUGCCUCUGUAUACUCAUCUUUAUCAACUGUGCUUAUGUGAAGUGGGGCACUCUGGUCCAGGACAUCUUCACUUAUGCCAAACUCAUGGCACUCUUCCUCAUCAUCAUCAUAGGAAUCCUGAAAUUAUCUACUGGAGAAACAAAGAGCUUUGAGAGUCCAUUUGAGGGCUCCUCUACAGAUCCUGGAGCCAUAGCUUUGGCCCUUUACUCAGCUCUGUUCUCCUACUCCGGCUGGGAUACGCUCAACUUUGUAACUGAGGAGAUUCAGAAUCCAGAGAGAAAUCUGCCCCUGGCUAUUGCCAUUUCCAUGCCUAUAGUGACCGUCAUAUACUUGCUGACCAACGUGGCGUAUUAUGUGGUUCUGGACAUGCCGUCUCUGCUGGCCAGUGACGCUGUCGCUGUGACAUUUGGGAAUGCAGUCCUGGGGCCGUUCAAGUGGAUCAUCCCUGUUUCAGUGGCCAUGUCCUGCUACGGAGGACUCAAUGCUUCCAUCAUUGCUGCCUCACGGUUGUUUUUUGUCGGAGCCAGAGAGGGCCACCUCCCCAACAGUCUGAGUCUGAUCCACCUGGAGCGCUACACUCCCAUACCUGCUCUGCUGUUUAAUGGGUUGAUGGGCCUGAUCUUUCUGUGUGUGGAGGACGUGUUCCAGCUCAUCAACUAUUUUAGCUUCAGUUACUGGCUGUAUGUGGGCCUGUCUGUGGCUGGCCUCAUCUACCUGCGCAUCACUCAGCCAGACAGACACCGGCCUGUCAAGCUGACCCUGUUCUUCCCCUUCAUCUACUGUCUGUGCAGCCUGUUUUUAGUCAUCGUCCCUCUGUACGGAGACACCAUCAAUUCUCUCAUAGGAAUUGGCAUUGCGCUCUCAGGAGUGCCGGUCUAUUAUGUGGCUAUUUACCUGCCAGAGGAGAAGAGGCCUAAAUUCAUACGCAAAUUAAACGCCUUUGCCACCAGAAACACCCAGACGCUGCUCUACUGCUGCAUGACUGAAUUCGACAUGGAGACAGAGACUCAAGCAGCUGCCAAAACGCAGUGAACUGCAGAUAAACUCUGUGGUUUGUUGAGCUGCUUUCUGACUGAGAAACAAGGCCCAGCACGGACAUUUGUGAGGGCUACUUCUUGCCAGGUCAAGUUAAAAAAAGGCCUGACAUAUCAAAUGACUCACCUCGAAGGAGCAGGCAGAGACUGAGAGACUGCAAACUGUUGCUUUCUGCUGUAACUGUGACAAAUUUUUCUGCAGGGGUCAAGGAAUAUUUUCUAUGAGGAUUUACUGAAACUAUGAAAAACUGUGUAGUUCAUUCUCACAUUUCUUGUGUGAGGCUGUAAGAUGAUCAAAGAAUGAUUAUGUGGAUAGAAUUAAAUCUAAUGUUCCUUUUUAUCAGAGAUUUUUUUUUUAAACUUUGAACACAUUGAUAUAUGAAAAUACCUUUAACUUUAAAACAGAGCAACUUCACUCACAAACUUGCUGAUUCACCUUUAGCAAACUGCAGUUUCUCCACAAGAGGGAGCUGUUUUGUCAUUUUUCCCUAACCCUAACCCUUUCCAGUUCAACUUCUGCCAGUGUGCCACACCUGCAGGAGAGGACAGUAACAUGAGUGCAUCAUAGCUAACCUGCUGCGACUGUACCUGUAGAUGUUGCUGGUUGGACUGAAACAUAUGCUUCUCAUUAAAGGUUUGUGUGUCCCUGUU